AGCCGGAGACCCGCAGCUUUUACAGCCGCGCGCGCCGUCACUCCAGUCGCCGGUGGGACGAAAGCGCUUUGCCUGCCGUGCCUGAUCCCAGUCCCGAGUACGCUUGGAGGACUGUUUCCACUCCGUGUGAGGUGACGGGAGGUAUAUAAUGAAUCCCAGUAUGAAGCAGAAACAAGAAGGAACUCAAGAAUGUGUGAAGAAUAGUCCUGUCCCAAGAAGAACUCUGAAGAUGAUUCAGCCUUCUGCAGCUGGGUCUCUUGUUGGAAGAGAAAAUGAGUUGGUUAAAGGCAUGUCUAAAAGGAAACAUUGGAAUAACCAGUUAAUAGCUAAGACUUCCAACUCCAGCGCUGGAAAUGCCCCAGAACAUAAUGAAAAUAAAGAUCUUGGAGAAGUGACCCAAGAAGCAUUUGAUCUUAUGAUUACAGAAAAUCCAUCUUCUCAAUACUGGAAAGAAGUGGCAGAAAAACGAAGGAAGGCUCUCUAUGAAGCACUUAAGGAAAAUGAGAAACUUCAUAAAGAAAUUGAACAGAAAGACAGUGAAAUUGCCCGCCUGAAGAAGGAGAAUAGAGAAUUGGCAGAAGUAGCGCAGCAUGUGCAGUACAUGGCAGAGGUGAUCGAGAGACUGAGUGAUGAACCUCUGGCUAACUUUGAAUCACCGGAUAGUCAGGAAUUUGAUUCCGAAGAGGAAACUGGGGAGGAUUCUGAAGUGGAAGACUCAGAAACUGGUACAGGUGCUGAAGAAGUUGUAUCUUCCUCUACGGAUGCAAAACCCUGUAUAUGAAACCCAUUAACACGUGACUUUUGAGACAUAAACUGCCGAAGUUUACCUCCACUAAAGUUUUUUGUUAGCAGAGUAAAUAAUUGUAAAUGCAGACUUGGAAUCAGACUUCCUUGUUUGAAUCCUUGGGUCCCUGUUGUAUUAAAAUACAAAUACUGUGUAUUUUUAAUCUAUAAAGUUUUAUGUAAAUAGCAUUUUCUCAGUUGUCAGACAUGACUUGUGUGUAUUAUAAAUAAACUUCAUUCUCCCAUUGAGCAUUGUGUGUAU